AUGGUGGUCGGGCACGCCAUUUGCUGCCUCCUCGCCGCCGACGGUGACGCCGCCCGGUGCCACAUGACGGCGUCGGCGCUCUUGGACGCUCAGAGCGGCGAGCACCCCGUCCUCCUCGACGGAGACCCUCGCGCGACCACCGGGUGCUCCCAUGGCGUCGCCGCCGUGGGGCACGGCCAGGCCUUCGCCGGCGCGAUGAGGCAGCGCAGGGAGGAGGUCCCCCCUGACCCCUUGAGGGUUGUUCUUCGGGAAGAACAUGUCGGGUGGACUGAAGUGGUGACAUGCGCCAAUGGAAACAAGAUUGACCACCCAAGUGGACUGAUCAAGAAGGCCUGGAGAGCCUCUGUCAGGAACAUUUGUCGGUUCGUAGCCUCUGCUGUGAGGUUUUGCUGGGACAUUGGCACCCAUAUGCUUCCUCUAUGGGCUGCAGCGGGUUUCAGAAGGAGACUACCCACAUCAGCUGUGCCAGAAAAGUUUAGCUGGCGGAAUGUCAUGAGCACUUUCAGAUUUCAAAUUUUCCCCGAUACUUGUGCUAUAGUGGCAUGCUCAGUCUGUAUCGAGGCACAACACAGGCUUGAGUUUGAGCGCCUACACGGGCAAGGCACAUUCAUCCUUGAAUUGCCUGAUUCCACCAGGAACCUAAGAAGACUCUGCCAGCAGAGACAAGUUUGGGUUAAGGAUAAAGGGGCGUGCAUGGAUGGCCUCCUGUCUGUGAUCCGGACGACCGGUGGAGUGCCGGCAACAAGCACGACGACGAACACAAGAAGAGGCCUCCUGCAGCUGCCUCUCCACAGCCACGAUAGCUUCAGCCUCCGGGGUUCCUGGACAAACCUGACGCCCCGGCGAGCAGCACAGCUCAUCUUCACUGGCGGUCCCUGCAUUGGCAUCCUCUGGGUUGAUGGAUCCUACGCCGACAAGCGCCACUACAGCGACGACGAUGGCGAGCUGGACAUGCUGGUGUACCUUGGCUGUGACCCCAAAAAGAAGAAGAAGAGGAGUAGCAACAGCUCGAAGGAGGACGCACGUCUACACGCCGUGGUGUGCUAUGGGUAUCGCUUCACUGGGCAGCAGCAGCUGCACAUCCGUGUUCAGGACAAUAUGCCCAUCCACAGCCCUCACAAUUGGAUCCUCUUCGAGGCGUUUGACAUGUUCUACACUGUACGAGUCACGCCCUUGGAUGCUUCCAGACUGUAUGAUCCCUCGGUGAAGGUGCCGCCGAAGAUUUCACAAAAGAUGGGCAAAGACCGAGCGUUGGUCAAUGCGAAUCUUCGUCGGCUACACGAUGCAGUGAGCCAGUGAUGGUCCAGAAGGGAAAGGAGAUGCAGUGAUGAUCCAAAAGUGCAGAGAGAAGGUGAGCUGUGUGCCCGGAGGGAAAGGCGGUUCUGCUGAAGUUGGGUGUUUUUGCCGGUCUAAUCUGUCCUAUUUACACUUUCUAGUAAACCUGGAUGCUAAGCCUUUGAUCCUAAAUGUACGACUCUGUCCAGGCCAACAAUUGAUUGAUGGUUGAAGAUAUUAAAUGGCAAUUUUUUCAAUG